AUGAAAGACUUUCGCCCUAUAUCUUGCUGCAACGUCAUAUAUAAAGUCAUUUCAAAGAUUCUGGCUAACCGUUUGAAGCUCAUUCUUCCAAAGUUUAUAUCUCCUUAUCAAUCUGCCUUUGUGAAAGAUAGAUUGCUGAUGGAGAACGUCCUCUUGGCAUCAGAACUAGUCAAAAGAUAUCAUAAGAACUCAGUCUCAGCAAGAUUUGUGCUUAAGAUCGACAUCUCUAAAGCAUUUGACACCGUUCAAUGGCCUUUCUUGCUCUCUGCUCUUACGACUCUCGGGUUCCCGAGUGAAUAUAUUGUCUGGAUUGAGAAAUGUAUCUCACUUGCCUCUUUCUCAGUCCAAGUCAAUGGUGAACUAGCUGGGUACUUUAACAGUAAAAAAGGUCUUCGACAAGGAUGUGUUCUGUCUCCUUACCUAUUUAGGAAGUUUAGAUACCAUCCUUACUGCCAAGAUCUCAAGCUAACACACUUAAGGUUGCAUAUCAGUAUGGAAAAGUCUACUCUCUAUCUGGCCGGAUUAAAUGACACAGACAAGCAAGAAAUUCUCAGCCACUACACUUUCUCCAAUGGUGAUCUCCCGGUCUGGUACCUUGGAUUGCCUUUGCUGACAAAGCAAAUGACUGCUCAAGAUUAUGGCCCACUCAUUGAGAAGAUCAGAUCAAGGAUAAGCUCCUGGACAGUGAGGUUUCUCUCUUUUGCAGGGAGACUACAGUUGAUAGCUUCAGUGAUCCAUAGCUUAACUAAUUUUUGGAUAUCUGCGUUUAGAUUACCAAAGAAAUGUAUCCAGGAGAUAGACAGUCUGUGUGCUGCCUUCUUAUGGUCUGGUCCGGUCUUAAGUACAAAGAAAGCAAAGGUUUCAUGGACAGAUUGCUGCAAGCCUAAAGAUGAGGGAGGGUUAGGUUUGCGAUCUAUCAAAGAAGCGAAUGAUGUCUCGUGCUUGAAGCUGGUUUGGAGGAUCCUCUCGACUAAAUCAUCACUGUGGGUACGGUGGAUCAACAGAUACUUAAUACGGAAAAAUUUGUUUUGGUCAGUCAAAGACAGUAGCUCUUUGGGAUCAUGGAUCUGGAAGAAAAUCUUGAAAUACAGAGCCAUGGCGAUGCGGUUCAUGAGGGUGGAAGUCAAUAAUGGAGCAUCGACAUCCUUCUGGUUUGAUCAAUGGUCCCCUCGUGGCAGAUUGAUUGACACAACAAAUGGAAGAGGCAUGAUAAAUAUGGGCAUUAAGCUUAUUGAUACAGUGGAAAAGGCUAUCAACUCUCACCGCAGUAGGAGACAUCGAGAGGAACUUUUCAACACGAUAGAAGAGCAGAUAUUGACACUGCGUCUACUAGGUCUAAAUCACAAUGAGGAUGUCUGUCUGUGGAAAGCAGGAGAUAAUAUUUACAAAGCAGAUUUUAGUUCUAAAGCGACAUGGAACCUCAUCCGUGUUGAACAAGCUAAAGUCGACUGGUACGAAGGUAUUUGGUUCCCAUGCAACACACUUCGAUACUCCUUUAUGGCUUGGAUUGCGGUUCAAAAUAGACUCCCCAUGGGUGAUAGGAUCUUAACCUGGAGUAUGCCCGCGACAACAGCAUGUUCCCUCUGUUCAGAGCCGCUUGAAACUCGCAAUCACCUGUUUUACAAGUGCAAAUAUUCAGAAGAAGUUUGGAAAAAUCUUACUCUUACGCUACUGUCUGUGCACUAUACGAAUGAUUGGGAGGAUAUCAUCCGGUUUCUACCGGACCAGACAUGGAACUCGGCCCGCUUAUUUCUGCUCAGGUAUGUGUUCCAGGCGACACUUUCAACUAUUUGGAAAGAGAGGAAUGGGAGAAGGCAUGGAGAACUAUCCAACAACCCUGCAACUUUGAUCAAAAACGUGGACAAAGCGAAACCGCAUAUCCAGUUUGCGUACUAUGGGAAUUCACAAGCACAACAAAGCCAUGGAAACAUGGCGGCAUCUGUGAAGAUCGAGAAAUUGCCUGCAGAUCUAGGGUUUGGUUCGACUCUGAUCAAAGGGGUUGAGGCUCGAUUUUCAAACAGGAGUAAGUUUCUCGAGAGCCAUAAAAACUACACAAUCCAAGCUGCAAGUGUCCCUGGUCCGAUACCCACCGGAGGGAGGGAAGGGAGCUUUCGGGCUUUGUACCAUCCCUCAUGGAAGGUAGCAAAGUCAGAUGGGUUUAGAUCUCCUGUCAGAGGGGCCAAUUUCCACACUUUCACCGCAAACAAUGUUUUGCGGUUUGAAUAA